AUGAUAGAUAGUGUGUUACUGAGGGCACAGAAGAGAGGAAGAGGGAGAUUAUUGGACCAGAUAGUGGACCCACAGAGAGAGAGAGUAUCUCUGAAGUACAAGAACAACAACAACUUCUUCAGUGUGACCAUCCAUAAACUGACUUUAAAGGAUGCUGGGACCUACUGGUGUGGAGUUGACACGAGGGGACCAGAUUUAUAUUACACCAAAGUGAACCUUGAAGUAGGUAUGUCAUAUACACAUCUGAUCAUGUUCCUGUUGGUCCCAAAGUCACCACUUAGGGCACCACAGCCAUUGCUAGCAGCAUUUCAGUGGCUACCCGUGUUGCAACUUCCACACAGCCAUCUGAGAACACAGCAAGGGAACCAGAAUCGACAUCUGAGUCCGAUCAUGCCACACACAUUCAGUCUGAUCCCACAUCAGGUGCAUCAGGUGGUCUUGUGUACAUCGGUGCUGGUCUGGCUGUGGUGGUGUUUAUGUUGGUCCUCAGCCUCUUCAUGCUCUACAAACAGAAGACCAGAAGCAGGAAGGCAUCAGCCCUCCCUGUUGGACAAAAACCUAACCACAGCUCAGGAAAUACCCAACAGUGUCCACUAUGCUGAGGUCACAAUCAGCCCCGGUAACCACACCUCCAGACACGCCCCUUUCAGCACAGAUCCUUCAGCCAUCUAUUCCAACGUCUCGUCACCGCCCAAUCAGAAUCCAGACUCAGUAGACUACUCCACAGUUCGCUUUGACCGAAGCGAGGAGUCUCUCCAGUACGCCACUGUGAGAUUCACUGACCCACCAGCAGGGGGAGACAAACAGGGAAGUACCUCAAGAGAUGAAAGAGAUGAUGCUGUGAUAUACUCGACAAUUAAUCAAGAUAGUCAAAGUGCAAAGUCUUGGAUUAACGUUUUUGAAAAUUGGGUAUGACUUUAAAGAGCUUUGUGGAGUUUUUAUUUAUGUAAAACAUUUCAAAUUGACCUAGAGAUAACAUAAUGUGGAGAAGCAACCAUUUUGACAUAAUGUCAAGGUCUGAGCUUUGUGUUGCCCAGAUAUCCACUAAAGCUUGCAUGCAACAAGCAUCAGUGUGGCUCUCUCUUCACAUCUCUUUAUUCUGUGUAGUGUAAGUCAAUAGGAGAGUGCCACCUUUGCCAUCUGCCACACACAUGUCUACCAAUAUUGUUCUAAUACAGUUAUUUUAUAUUGUGUUAUUGGCUCAAAAUAAAGAUAUUAUAUUUUG